AUGGAUGAGGGGCGUUUGUUAACUGGAGAUGUGCUUGGUGAGCCCAUUGUGCCUACGAAUGCAACAACUUCACCACCAGUUACUAUACAAAGUAUCGACUCGAUUAAAACUAGCGAAAAGGGAGAGAAGAUUCUCGACAUCAUUUGCUUUUUCACCAAGGAAUACUCCUUGGUUGACCCUACUGAUAAGAAGGAGAAACAGUACUGGGAUUGCAAGUACUGCAUUGCAAAGAAGCAGGAAAAGAUGUGGUUCGUUAGGGAUACUACAACUGCAAGAUGGCAUUUAGAAUCUAUGCACAGGGAUGCGUACAUCGAAUGGUGCAAUAGGAAUGACUUCAGCAGUAUGCUCCCCAGAGACAGAAAGGCUGAGUGUACUGCCGUCUCCUCAACAACUACGCAAACAACACUAGCAGGAGUUUUCCCUGUCACGUCCAAUCCGACCCCAACAAAGAUACCUUAUACAGCUGGGAACUUCAUGUGUGCAGCCCUCAAAUGGGUGAUUGCUACUGACCAGGCACUGUCUGCUGUUGAGGAGCCGUCGUAUCGCAAGAUGAUACAGAUAGCCGCUGCACCCCCCAAUGGCAAGGUGGAUAUUCCCAGCUGGCACAUUACAUGA